GCCACUGGAAUACGCCGUGCAUUCGGAGAGCAGGUGCGAGGGGGACGUGUAAGGAGAAAUGUACCACGUGACUAAAGCAAUCGACGUCCCAGCAUUCUCUGCGGGAGAGCGGCAAAACACGUGCGAUUGUGUUGUGAUCUGCCGGGCGCAAACGGCGCAACGCUGAGACCGUUUGCGGUCGAGUACUACGUAGUACUUUUGUGCAACGCCGAUGCAUCCCACGUUUCCGCCUGAGAAAGAUUAUAUGAUAUCAUGGAUUCUGAAGCCCAGCGCAUUAUGCUUUCUAUUAUUCAGGGCAAGUCGCCGUCUUCAACAGAAGCGGCUGUUCUGUCCACUUAUGCUACCCAAAAGCAAGCAAGUCUGAUGAUACCAGAGACCAGCAUCCCAGAUGCAGUGCUGCGUACCAGUUCGGCUGCCAAUGAGCAAAUACCAGCAAGUGAGGGAGGGUGCAUGGAGGCUGGACCAUCAUGCAUUCCAACUGGGGGUGGUGGUACAGAUGUAAUCCUGCAGAGAAGUUGGUCAUGCAUUACACCAGCACCAAAUAACGGGAAGGCGCAAGCUCAGGCGAGACUAUCGGGCAUCAGGAAAGGAGGUGGAGCUGCUGAAUGGACCGAGGGACAGACAAAGCUGCUGCUAGAGUACUACUAUAAGUACUUCCCACACAUUGGCCCGUUCAAGAAAUUUAAAAACAACAGGCUUUCAAGCAAAUCUCCAUGGAUGUUGAAGCUAUACUUGGCAUCAAGAAAACACCAGAACAAUGUGAGAACCACUACAAGACUGUGA